UGUAACCUGUCAGUGUUGUGCUGUCUUGCAGAUAACUUCCUUUUUAGUGAUGAAAUCAUAGCCAAUGGAUUUCACUCCUGUGAUAGUGAUGAAGAUGACCGAGCCUCACAUGCAAGUUCCAGUGAUUGGACCCCAAGACCACGUAUAGGUCCCUACACUUUUGUUCAGCAGCAUCUCAUGUUAGGUACAGACCCACGGACAAUUCUGAAAGACCUGCUACCAGAAACAAUCCCCCCACCCGAACUGGAUGAUAUGACACUGUGGCAAAUUGUUAUAAACAUUCUUUCAGAACCGCCAAAGAGAAAAAAGCGAAAAGACAUUAAUACUAUUGAUGACGCUGUGAAACUUUUACAGGAAUGCAAAAAAAUAAUGGUCUUGACUGGAGCUGGGGUGUCUGUGUCUUGUGGAAUACCUGACUUUAGAUCGAGAGAUGGCAUCUAUGCACGCCUUGCUGUAGACUUCCCAGACCUUCCAGAUCCUCAAGCGAUGUUUGAUAUUGAAUACUUCAGGAAGGACCCCAGGCCAUUUUUUAAGUUUGCAAAGGAAAUAUAUCCGGGACAAUUUCAGCCAUCUCUCUGUCACAAGUUCAUAGCGCUGAUGGAUAAAGAAGGAAAACUACUUCGCAACUACACUCAGAACAUAGACACAUUGGAACAGGUUGCAGGAAUCCAAAGGAUAAUACAGUGUCAUGGUUCCUUUGCAACAGCUUCCUGCCUGAUCUGUAAAUACAAAGUUGAUUGUGAAGUUGUACGAGGAGAUAUUUUCAACCAGGUUGUACCGAGAUGUCCCAGAUGUCCACCUGAUGAACCACUCGCAAUCAUGAAGCCAGACAUAGUGUUCUUUGGAGAGAACUUACCUGAGCAGUUCCAUCGUGCCAUGAAGUAUGACAAAAAUGAAGUUGAUCUCCUUAUUGUCAUUGGGUCUUCACUGAAAGUAAGACCAGUAGCAUUGAUUCCAAGUUCCAUACCCCAUGAAGUGCCUCAAAUCUUAAUUAAUAGGGAACCUUUGCCUCAUCUACACUUUGAUGUGGAGCUUCUUGGAGACUGUGAUGUUAUUAUUAAUGAAUUAUGUCAAAGGCUAGGUAGUGAAUAUACAAAACUUUGCUACAACUCAGUAAAACUUUCAGAAAUAACAGAAAAGCCUCCACGACCGCACAAGGAGCUCGAAAUGCACUCAGCUGAGCUACCACCUACACCUUUAAACAUUUCAGAAGACUCUAGUUCACCAGAAAGAAUGACUCCACCACAUACUUUGGUGGUGUCUUCAGAAGACCUCUCUGAAUGUAAGGUAGAAAAUUGUGAUCCUGCCUCUGAAACUAAAGGGACCUGCACAGAGGAAGAGUUUCAGGACACACAGACAUCGUCAGAAAACCCUGAAAAUCCUACUAGUGAACUAAUGAACUCUGAAACAAUGAAGGAAAAUGGAUCCAACAGUGGAGAAAAUAAAGAAAAAAAUGAAAUUUUGAAGAAGUGCUGGGUAAACAGAUCUACAAAAGAACAGAUUAGCAAAAGGCUGGAUGGUACUCAGUAUCUAUUUUUACCACCAAAUCGCUAUAUUUUCCAUGGUGCUGAGGUAUACUCAGAUUCUGAAGAUGAUAUCAUGUCUUCUAGCUCUUGCGGGAGUAGUAGUGAAAGUGGUUCAUGUCGUAGUCAGAGCUUAGAUGUGGAGGAUGAGAGUGAGAUUGAAGAGUUUUACAAUGGCAUAGAGGAUGAGGAUGCUCUGGAAAGGGAAGAGGAACCUGGAUUCGGGGAAGAUGGAAUUGAACAAGAUGAAUCGGCAGCUGAUGAAGCAGCUUAUACAAAUGAAGCUGCGGGGACUGAUCAUCCAAGCAACAAGUUGUAAAGCGAUCACUGACUGGUUACUUUCCACCAGCAUUAGGAGCUUUGGCAUGUCAGAAUGAAUGUUUACGUCUGAAUUUAGAGCAACAAAACCAUAAGGAUAUAGUUUAUAAACAACUAAAACAGAUUUUCAUGCUUAGUUUUUUACCUUUUUCAAUAAAAUUCUAUUACUGCGCA